AUGGAGAAGUUCAAGGCAGUAGUCUCGAGGAUUGAAAUCCCGGACGACAUCGCCAUUGACGCACUACGGAACACGUUGUGGGUUCGCUCCAAGUUUCGAGAAGACUUAUACCAAAAUCCAACUACGUCGCUCCAAGAUGAAAUCGCGCGUUCGGAUAACUUUAUUCGAAUGGAAGAAGAUACUAACGCAAUCCUCAGCAAGAUGAAUGCACCAAAAGCUCCAGCGGCGAAAAACGCCAACACACGACAAGAACCGCGCCAGCACACUCCUAGCGACAAAAACGGCCUCCGCGGGGAAGGUUGGAACAAAUGGGUCAGAGAACUCGACUCGUCUGACAAGCCAGUCGAUACUAGCAAGAAUAAAGAAAGAAGAGCCAAACGCAAAGCUACCGACAAAGGCCGCCAAAACGAAACGCAAAAAGACGGGGAUAAAACUCCGAAGUAUGACGGCGAGGAAGACUCCUCGGCCGAUGAAGAACAUCCAGCUAACCGCAGGCGCAUUGAGGUUAUACUCUCUCAGCAAACCUUAUCAUCAGACGACGAUAAUGACGAUACACCUAAACUCGGAGAUCUGAGAGAUGUUCUGAAACGAAAGCUCGAGUCCAAAGACGACAACAGUUCCAAGCAUAGUGAUCUCCGGCUAACGCUGGAUGCAAAGAAGUCUCGCCGAAUCUCAACGGAUGACCUUGACCCCAAAGAGCAUCAGGAAUGCUCCAACGGUGACCUUCGAGAUAAACUCAACGCCGGCGCAUGCGAUCUUCGCAUUCUUCUCAAUCGCUCGAAACCCACAGACCUCAGAAGACGGUUAGAACAAGCCAAGACGUCAAGCAACGCUACGCUGUCGAAAAACGACAACAAUGUAUCAGCCGACCUAUGCGCCUUUAUAGAUUCCAAGCGAGUAAAAACGAGACAGCAACUAAAUGUCAUUAUGGGCGGCUCUCCUCCCUGCGGAAAUUCUGUUCGCUCCGUCAAGGAUUACUGCCGGCAAGUUGCAACUUCGCAGAGGUGGCCGAUUAGGCCGCCAAGUCACCCACCUAUAACGUUCUUGCCUGAUGACGCCGAAGGGAUUCACAUUCCCCACAACGAUCCCCUCCUUGUCGUCCUUGGAAUUGGGGAGUACGACGUCACCAAGGUCCUUAUUGAUACAGAGAGCUCCGUCGACCUCAUCUUCCGUGGAACCCUGCAAAAGAUGGGAGUGGACCUCGACAACAUUAAACCGUCCUCCAGAACGUUAACCGGCUUCAAUGGAUCUUCUGAAACAAUACUGGGAACAAUCCGCCUUUCGGUACGUGCAUGUGGAGUUACUCGGACAGUCAAGUUCGCUGUCGUAAGCACAAAGGCACCUUACCAUGCCAUACUUGGAACCCCUUGGAUACACUCGAUGCAAGCAAUUCCAUCUACUUAUCACCAGUGUAUCAAGUUCCCCGGUACAAACAGCAAGAUCAAAACGUUGCGCGGGGAUCAGAAGGCCGCUAGGGAAUUACUGGUCGCCACCGUCAAGCUCCAACACUCCUCUCUCUACCCGUUAACUCUGUCUCUCCUCCGACCUCAAAGGUCAAAAGCCGUGAAUGAAGAGGUUGACCGGUUACUCGGUGCUGGCUCAAUCGCUGAGGUAUGCUACCCUGAGUGGUUAGCAAACCCAGUAGUAGUCAAAAAGAAGAAUGGGAAGUGGCGCAUUUGCGUCGACUUCACUGACUUAAAUAAAGCUUGCCCGAAGGACAGCUAUCCUCUCCCCAAUAUCGACCGUUUAGUCGAAUCUACAACCAGAGACGAGAUGCUCACGUUUAUGGAUGCCUUCUCUGGAUACAACCAGAUCAUGAUGCACCCUGAUGACCGCGAGAAGACGGCCUUUAUCACAGAUAGGGGAACCUACUGCUAUAAGGUUAUGCCAUUCGGCCUGAAGAACGCAUGA